AUGUUCCUGCAUAUCCCCACCACCAACAUGUACCACCAGCACUACGGAGUCUCCUCAGCCCUCGCGACGUCAGGAGAUGACACGAUCACGACCAUCCCGGACAUUUUCGACUGGCUCAACGACACAUUCGUCCCCCAAGUGUUCGUCACCACGGACUACAACGGCGCUGCUCUGCCUGAAGAUCAAUGGGGGAGGAUCUCCACGUUCAACAAGGUGCUCGGUGCCGUUCUGUUUGAAGUGACCUACAUGCAGUCGGGAGAAUGCGAUACACCUGACUUCCUCGCGGAUCUCUACUCGAGUUGCUAUGAUCCUUCCACUACGACAACGGACAAGUUUCUGAUCAGUAUCAACACGAACGCUUCAACCGCUGCGGAGCUGCUCACAGAGAAGAAAGACAGCGGCACCUGGCUCGACUCCUCGACGCAGCAAAUGGUUGUCACUGUCAUCACCCUCAAUGCACAGCUUCCUGGGUACGCGGUGACCAAACUGCAGUUCGAUUUCAACGACGGUGGCUACGUGGAGUCUAGUGCAUCGACGACAUCCACGCUGCUGGACCAGUAUCCAUCGGCUACGCCUAUCGUGCUGGACGCCCUCGUACUUGCCAAACACACCGCGAAGGCGAUCGGAGUGUGGGCGUUCCCCGAUGGUUGGUUUGCUAUCGACUUCUUCAGAGGACCCAUCGUCUACUUGUUCUACAUCACGGUGCUGAUCACACAGGCGGUGACGGUGAAUUCCGACUUCAAGCGGAAGCUGGUCGCUCUUGGAAACGGUGGCCAGACAGACAGUGAAGCGAGUGAGAUGCUAGCCUCCGUGACGAAAUCGUUUCGUCUCAUUGCGAGUCUCACCGUGUUGCUGCGAUUGUUUGCCACUGCGGCGGUGUUGGUGCUGGGACUUCGCAUCCUCAACACCUUCCGUGACCAUGUCGGGCUGAGCAUACUCACCCGGACGAUGGUGAGCGCAGUGCACUCCUUCUGGACCUUUUCCGUCAUCUUUGCCGUGGUGUUCGUAGCUUUCGCAGCUGCGGGCAAUGUGCUGUUCGGUGAUCGAGUUCAGGACUUCUCGUCGCUGCUUAAUGCUAUGAAGUCGUGCGUCAACAUGAUCUACGGCGACUUCGACUUUGACAGCAUCAAGGACAUCGACUAUUCUGUGGUCUACUACUGGAGUUACAUGGCAAUGGAGACGUUCGUGCUCUUGAACAUCGUGCUCGCCAUCGUAGUGGACGCCUACCAGGAG